GAUGUCCGUUGAUGAGGAAUGGGGUAGUGGAAAGGAUAAGGUAGAGUGGGAGAAAGACUUUCAGUGGGGUGAAUGACAAGACUUGAUCACAGAUUUUAGGUUAUUGCGUAUCAUAAUAUUUAUUACUCGUUCAAUCAAGUGAAUUAUGAAUCAAAUCAAUUGUAACAUGUGAGAGUUACAAUCGUGAAGUGUAAUAUGACUGCUUACUGUGUAUUGGGAAGACGAAACAAAUUGUAAAACUGAAUACUGAGUACAAGCACUUCGUUCUCAAAAUAUGAUUGCCAAAUGCAGUAUAAUUCAAAACAAAUAAUACGAUACUACCGUCACCGCUACUGAAGCCAGAAAACAACGGAAUGGUUUUUUCUUCCCACUCCGCCUUACCCCUUCCACUAUUCCAUUCCUCAUAAGAUCAAGAAGAGGGUAACUUUAUUCUCCUCAAUUUCCCCUAUCUGGUCACCGCCAAAUGUCCCCUGAUAUGAGUCGCGCUGCACGUCACGUGAUCAGUCUACGGUUUUAAAUAUAAUAAGAGGAAGGGUAACACCCCUUUAGUUUCCCCUAUUUUGCCAUACUGGCGCCACCUCUGGGUUGAUUUAACGUACCAAAAAGUAAAUCAUCAUUCACACGCGAAAUAGCGGCGAGGAAUCAGCUGUUGUGUCAGAUACUCGAAAUUUCUUUUCGCAAGAACAAUGAGCUUCCCGGAGAAACAAGAUAAUAUAUCAAAAGAUGAGUGGAUGGCCAAGUUGGAGGAAAAUUCCCAUACACAACGGGUUUCUAUGAAUAAUUUGAUUAUGAAUUAUUUCGUUACAGAAGGUUUUAAAGAAGCAGCAGAAAAGUUCCAGCAGGAAUCUGGAGUUGAGCCUACCGUAGAGUUAAGCUCUAUGGAUGAUAGAAUUCGUAUUAGGGAUGCUAUUCAAAAUGGCCGUAUUCAGGAGGCAAUUGAUCUUGUGAACCAGUUACAUCCAGAGUUAUUGGAUAACGAUAGAUACUUGUAUUUCCACCUGCAGCAGUUGCAUCUUAUAGAGUUGAUUCGUACAGGUAGAAUCGAGGAGGCAUUGCAAUUUGCUCAGGACCGUCUGAGCGAAGCCGGUGAAUCUGAUGACAAUAUUUUAUGCGAAUUGGAGCGUACUCUAGCUUUAUUGGCAUUUGAUGAGCCUCAUAAGAGUCCUUUCAGUGAUCUUUUACAUCCGACUCAUAGACAAAAGAUAGCAAGUGAAUUGAAUGCAGCCAUUCUGAAGAUGGAGCGUAGAGAAUCCACUAUUCCACGAUUAAAUAAUCUGCUUAAAACGAUACUUUGGACACAGGAUGAGUUGGAUAAGAAGAAAGUGAAAUAUCCUAAAAUGACUGACCUAGGUAGUGCCACCAUUGAGAGUCCAAAGUAAUUUGACCUGGACACAUUACAAAUUGAUAUCCAUGUAUUUAUUAGUAUGAGAAAAGGAUGCGUGAUUGUACUAUAUUAGUGAUUUAUAUGUGAAUAGGAUAUAGGGGUAAAAUAGAGACUCAGUUUUAAUGUAAUCUCACCAUAGUAGCAACAAUUGUUUAUUCUUAAUGAAAAAUAUGUAUAAAGUUACAAUCAUAUAAUACAUUCGAAAUAGGAGAGAGGAAUUUGCUAAUUAUAAAGACAGUGUCUACUGUGUACUGAUAAUUUGUUGCAUAUAACUGAUCUUUUGUAUAAUACUGAUAAGGCAAUGAAAAUUUACUGGUACAUAAUAAAUCGAACCAUUUUAAUAUCCGUGCAAUACACGUGGUUCAGAGCUACAGAAUUAUUUCUAAGUUAAACACAGUAUAAUAUAGAAACAUAACAUGUAUACAGUGGUAUGUAGAGUAAGUGUAAAAAAAUAUGAUAGAAUUGUAGCUUAAUAAUAACAUUGUGUGAUAAUUAUUUGAUGUUUAUAAAGAUUUAUAUUUCUUACUA